AGUCCUUCUUACCUUUUGCUCGUCAGUCUCGUCGUCGUUGCCCGUCCUUGUUGAAUAUGUCUUCAUAUAAAUCAGCCGCGUUCAGAAACAAACUGCCCUCUGAUCCCUCGGAAUCAAAAUUUCACCCUCAAGUUCCAACACUCCAAGAACUAUUCCCUGCCUGGUCAAAUGAAGAUCUCCAGUCUCUCCUCAAUGAGGUCGGUGGUGAUCUUGAGCUUGCAGUCACUCGAAUCAGUGAAGGGCACGCAGAACAAUGGGGUUCAGUUACGCGCAAAAAGGACAAAAAGACUCCUGUAGCUCAGCACGCACCGUCAAAGGACCCAAGCAUCUCACGUAGUGACUCGCGCGGCGGUCGAGGUGGACGCGGGGGACGCGGUGGUUCUGGUAGAGGCGGUCGUGGUCGGGGUGGCGCACGGGGUGCACCUGCAGUCAAUGGCCAUACUUCUUCUCGUGCCAAAGCUUCUGCCCCCGCUCCCGAAGACAAGCCAGCGCAGGUUGAGGAUCUCACUGAACAUGCUGUUGACAAGCCAGAGUUGAAUGGAGGUUGGAGUGUUGCGCAGGAUGCAAAUGAAUUGAUUACAGCUACAACCUGGCCUUCAGAGCCUACAAUUACUGAAUCGGCUCCUGCUCAAUCGCAGCCCACAAUUUCUGCUUCGUGGGGUGCUAACACUGGUUGGGGUAAUGCGGCUACUGUGUCCAAACCUCCUAUAUCAUCUGCUAAACUCCCGGCAACUUCCAAACUUUCCUGGGCUCAGAUUGCAAAACCACAAGAGAAACUCGUCGCAGCGUCACCCCCUGCACCUCCUUUACCAUCAGUCAUCGCCCCUGCACCCGAAUCAGCCUUUGAACACGCCCCUCUCCCAUCAGCUGUUAAUGGCAAUGCAGAACCAGUAUCUGAAGGUUGGGAGGAUCCGACAACCGUCCAGCCUCCUGAAUGGGAUGAUGAGCCUCAACCCCAAGCCCAACACCAAUCCCCUGUAGACGCUUGGGUUUCUUCUCAGCCUCUGUCGAUGUCGGAGCCAGAACCCGUACCAGAGCCCCCUACUAUAGUACAGGAGGAACUCGCCGCUCCCGCGCCAGAACCUGUGGCUGUCGUGUCAGCUCUUCCGACCCAAAUUCAAAAGCAGGAUGCGCCCACUCGGUCCAAAUCGCCUGUAUCUCUUUCUUCGCGGCCCGCGGUUCGUAGCAAGUACAAGGGCAUCGAUCAAGCUGUUGUCAUGCCUUUGUCGACUGGUUUCACCCCUGGCCUGGACAAAGUAGGCAUGCAGUUUGGAAGUUUGAGUCUUGGUGGAGACGUCAUCGAGCCCACGCCCGUCGAACCUUCCGUAGUCGAACAGCAGCCAUCCCCACAGCAGGCCACACAGCCACUCUCGCCUCUUGCGCCUCCUGCACCUGUUCAGCAACAAGAACCUCAACAGAUCACUCCCGCGCCUGCACCGUCUGUCGCCACCUCUAUCGCUACUUCUCCCUCGCAGCCUGUUCUCCCGCCUCCAGUACAGCCUGUUCUUCCACCUUCGCAAACAACUCAAUUUGCACCUCCCCAACCUACAGCACCAAUCCCGCAGGUACCUCAACAUGCUCUUACACCUUCAAUGUCCCUUCCUACACUUCCGCCGUCGAGCACCAGCUUCACCCAGCAGCCUCCCUCGCAACCGCAGCACCAGCCUCAGCAUCAACACCAGCACCAGCCGCCACACCAGCCGCAGCCGCAGCAUCAACCUCAACACCAGCCUCAACACCAGCCUCAGCAUCAACCCCAGCACCAACCUCAGCAAUUACCACAACUUCAGCCGUAUGCUGCCCACUUGCAUUUAGACAGUCCGCAAACACAGUCUCAACAAUACAGCCCUGCCCAGCAGGUGCAGGCCCAGUCCGCAGCGUACUUCCGGCAAGAUGCACCAUACUUCAAUGCACCAACGCCUCCUCAACAGCAGGACUACAGUGCAUCCAUGAGUGGCGGUAUGGGUCCCUUUGGACAGAUUGGGACGCAGCAUCAGCAGCACCAAUCGCAAGGUAGCCACCUGAGCGGCUUCGGAGGUAGUGAAUACUAUGGUGACAAUCAACGUCAAGGGUUUUAUGACUCUUAUGCGCAAUCUCCAGGGUUUGGCGGCAAUCGCAAUGUCCUAGGUCAUGAUGAUGUCAAGGGUCUUCCUACCUCACAACACCAGCACCAACAUUCACAACCCCCCUCGUCGGUCAUCCCUCCCUCUACAUCUCAGUCGUCGCAGCCUGCUGCCGCAAGCACACAACAACCCUACGCCCCGCCGAUGCCCUACUUUUAUCCGUAUCCUCAAAACCAGUAUUAUGGCAGUCCCUACAACCAAGGUUACCCUACACCCUUUGUUAAGUACCCUGCUCCUACUCCGCCAGCAAUGUUCCAGCAUCAACACCAGCCCGCAAAACAGAGUGACGGGUUGAGUAUGGGUGCGGGCGUUCAGCGCGGAUUUGGCGGGUAUACCGAUGAUAUUGGGUACCACCAGCCCUCGCAGCAGCAGACGCAAAACAACCACCAUACAUCCAGUGAGAGGCAAUUGUACGGACAUGGACAGGGGUUUUUGGGUCGGGGAGUAGCUGCACAGAGCGGGUCGCCUGAGGCAUCUUACCGCAAAGAUUCGGGGCAAGGGGUUGGUGUGCAACAGCAACCUGCAGGCCGCGGCGUGCGAGGACAGUACCCGCAGGUGCAGGCUAAUUCAGAAGGCACUUUCUACCCAUACCAGCCAGGUCGCCAAUACUGGCAGUAGGUGAACGCGUAAAGGGUGCUUUCUGCCUAGUCUCUAUUUUUGUACGUAUAUGUUAUUGAUACUGACCAGUGUCCAUAUACGCGUUCUGUUCGUGUUCACGCUCAUACUGUUUCUUCUUUUUGCUCUUGAUAUCACGUUUCUAUAGUCUGCAUCAUGUGUUGCAUUGCAGUACCGUUCUAGCACC